AUGAUAAAUGAUGUACAAGUUUAAAAGAGAUACAAUUUAACUUUAUAAAGUAAGCCAAAUAAUACAGAAAAGUCCCAGUAUCUUCAAUUACUUAGAAUUUAACCUAGAAAUAGAGUAUUUAAAAAAGUUUACCCAUAAGAAAAAAUCUUUAAAAUAAGACAGUGUUAUUAAAGUGAAGAGAGUUUCAAAUUAAAGAGGUUAGGUGUAAAUCAGAUGAAAAAAUAUAAGUAAAUUGAUAAGGAGUUGUGAU